GGGCCACAGCCCGGGCUGGGGGGAGCCGGGGUGCAAGGGGGCAGGCUGGAUAAGGCGGGACAGGAGCGGGCCGGAGCUCCGAGUGUCAACGAGGGAAAGGUUACGAGGAAAUUGAGGGUUGGGGUUAGAGCUGUCUGGGGAUGCCGCAGGGGGAGGGUUCUCACGCCUCACGGGGCGGGGCUCCGGGAGUCUGGGCGGGACGUGGAACGGAGAAGGGUGGGACUUCUGAGCUGGUGCCAGUGGAAGGCGGAGCUCCAGGGCUGGGGGCGGGGCUAGGGCUGGUGGGGGGCGGAGACUGGCCCUUGGAGGAGGAGCUGGAACAGGCGGAAGGCGGAGCCUCGGGUUUGGAGACCGAGGGGGAAGGAACCCAGGCGCUGGGGGCGGGGCUUCAGCCGGUGAGUGGCGUGGCUACGGUUCAGGAAAAGGGGUCUCGUUCUGUCGGGGGCGGGGCUAUAGGGCCGGGGGCGGAACCACGCCCUCUAAAGGGUGGGGCCAAGGAAUCCACCGAAGGGGUAGGAGCAGGUGAUGGCCCAGGGCGUCCACGCGGGGGCGGUCUCCGUGGUGGCCGUGCCUGGGGACGCGGUAGGCCGAGAACUCCCCCGGGAGAGGUGGUGUGGGUGGAGCGGGCUCGGCGGCCACCCGACACGGGGCCAGUCUGGGUGCCCCGCAGGCCCCCGAGGGCUCAGAGUUGGGGCGGCGCCCCAGGCGGAGGCACAGGGUCAGCCUGGGGGGUAUCCCCGGAGGACCGGGGCUCCCCGGAGCCACCCAGUGGCGACGUGUGGGUGCCUCGGGGCCGGCCCCCUGCGGCAGCCGCAGAGGUGUGGGUGUGCUGGGCGGGAGGCAACUGGGUAUGGCGUGAAUGGGAUCGCCCGGUUGGGGCAACUGCUGUGCAGCCAGAUAGGGUCUGGACUUUGCGGAAAGGGACGGGUGGGAAUUGAAGAGGAGAAC